AUGUCAUAUUAAUUUCAUUGAUACUUUUGAAUGUCAAAUUUUUUGUGUAAAUAGUCUGUUCUCCUUCCUUCAAUUCUCAUCACACCACUCACCUCAUCUCCAUAUCUUCAGCCUCAUCCAUCCUGACACAUAGCAACAUACUUGGGGAAUAUGAAUUAUUUUUUUAACAAUGGAAUAUUUGGUGAUAUAUUUGAUUUUAUAGUCGAGGAAGACCAUCUCCAUGUUUACUUGAGGAUAAAGGAUGGUAUCGACAACUAUGAAGAUUUAUAUGAAGUUCUAGACUCUCAAACUGUUGCUUCUAAAGUUUCCGAAGGAUUCAACAUAAUAAGGAAUUCUAAGGAUGACGUUAUGAUGAAGAAAUAUAACUUCUCGAAAAUAUUCGGGCCCAAAACAACCCAGUUGGAAAUAUUUAACGAACUUGUUAAAACAAAGCUUUUGAAAUUCAUCAAUGGUCAUAACUCUUCCCUAUUGACUUAUGGGGUUUCCAGCUCUGGAAAAACAUACACAAUUGUUGGAACUGCUGCAGAACCUGGUGUGGUCCCUCGUUCAUUGGAAUAUCUCUUCAGGACUCUUCCUGUUUUGUCGAAAGUCCCCACAGUAAAGCCUAUGCCAUACGGAAAAAUCGUAAAAUUAACCGAUGAGCAAAUUCAAAGGGAAAUCGAUUUGAAAGAGGAAUUACUCAAUUUCAAUUGGCCCAACAGUGCUAGAAGUGAACAUAUUAACACAUAUUGUAAAAUGCAGUCUCGUCUCAGUGAAGAUCCUGUUGCAGAACUUGAGGAUUACUCGCAUUUGGAUGUAAGCGUAUGGGUUUCAUUCACAGAAAUUUAUAAUGAGCACAUAUACGACCUGCUACAAUCGAGGAGUUCGAAAAAGGAAAAGCUGAAAUUGGGUUGCGCCAACGGCGAGACUUAUGUGAAAAAUUUGAAGCUUGUACAUGUAACGUCAGGGUUGGAGGCUUAUCAGAUAUUGCAAUACGGCCUGCACCAUCUGAACUACGCGAAAACGAACAUCAAUGAUCAUUCCAGCCGAUCCCAUUCCAUAUUCACCAUCUGGCUCACGCAGACAGGAAGGAAUGUGACGGAAGAAUGUCACAUAAGCCAUUUCAAUUUUUGCGAUUUGGCAGGUGCUGAGCGCUCCAAAAAAACACUCAAUGUUGGUGAGAGGCUGAAGGAAUCCAACAACAUCAACACUUCUUUGCUAGUUUUGGGAAGAUGUAUAGCAGCUGUCAGGAAAGCUCAGCAAUCCUCAGAUCAUCACAUCGUUCCGUUCAGAGAAUCGAAAUUGACCCAGUUGUUCCAAAAGGCGUUAUCCGGUUUGGAGGACAUCUGCAUGAUAGUGAAUAUCAAUCCGUGCCGCGAACUUUUCGAUGAAACCCAACACGUGUUGAACUUUUCGGCGAUCGCCAAAGAUAUCGUGGUUGUCGAACGUCCAGUGGUGCCCCCGAAGCGCGAUGAGAGGAUUUCUCAACUUCUGAGCAGGACCGUCGAGCCAUCGAACAGCGUUAUCGGAUUGGAGAAGGAGAAGACGAUACAGGAACUGAAGAACGAGCUGGCCGAAACCGUUUGCAAGUUGGAACUGGAGGAAUUGGAUCAGACGAGAGAAAUUGAGAUGAUGAGGAAUAGAAUCAUGGCGGAGUAUACCAAGCAGUACGAGGAGCACAAUGAACAAAUGGAAUAUGAGUUAUUGGCUUUGAAGAAGAGGUUGAGAGAGCAGAACAAGAAGCGGUUGCAGGUGGCCAAGUUGGAAUUAAUGCAAGAGCUUGGCGUGAACGUCUCCGAUAUACAGGAUGACGACUCUGACGCUUCCAAUUGCUCCAGUAGGGAAGCUAUAUACGUGUCCAGUUCAGACGAUGAAUCAAUCGAGUCUGAUACGAUAGAAACGAUAACUAUUGUUAGUUCGGAUGAGGAAGAAGAAGAAUCAGAAGUGGAUAAAUGGAGGAGGAAAGUCGAGGCGCAGGAAACUUUGAUCGCAGAACAUCACAAAACCAUAUCCCGUCUUACGGAGCAAAUAGAAGAAAUCAAAUUACGGUAUGGUGCAGAUAUGGAACAGUUGUUGAUCGAGAAAGAUUUGAAAAUUCAAGAGUUAAUGGAGCGUGUACAAGAGAUAGGAGAAGAAAGUCCUUUAAUAUUAUAAAUUUUAUAGAAAAUUAAUAUUUAUAGUUCAUUUGUAAGAUAUUUUUUUUAAAUAUAUUCACAUGUUGAUUAUU